AUGGGGUUGCUCCAUGGGGCGCAACUUCAGCAGCAGCAAGCUGAUGGUGUAGCAGGUUACGGCUGCGCAAACGUUUCAAACCCUCACGUUCGACAGGUUGUGGUUCCUCAUGGUAUACUACCUUCUCAAGCUAACUUACCGUUGCGCAGCGUGCUUGCCGCACAACACCAGCUGUCCCAACAGCAAUUGCUACAGCAACAACGACAACCGCCUCAAGUUCAAGUGCAACAAGCGCAACCGCAACAACCAUUACGUUUGGCUGGACGUAUGGUGGGUACAGCGUCGGGUGCUCUCGCGACACUGUACGAUACUGAAAAAUCUGCACCAGCCUUGACAAAUAAAGAUGCUUAUCGUAUCUUGAAAAGGCGCUUCAAAUAUCUCGUUUAUGAAAACGAAUGUUAUCAGGAAGAGCUAAGGAAUCUGCAAAGGAAGCUGUUGAAAUUAUCGAGAGACAAAAACUUUCUUCUGGAUCGUUUGGGGCAAUUUGAAAAGUUUUCGGAGAGUUCGGAUGAAGAUUCUGAUGCAAGCAACAAAACAUGCGACGAAAAGCCAAAGCCCAAAAAGCGAAUCCGUCCAUCGCAACGGAAGCGUGCUGCCGACGAAAGCGGAGAGGGAACGAGUGUUGUUAAGCGAGCCGUUGAAGAAAGUAAUGCAAGUAGUCCUAGUCCUUCCGAAUCUCCUAUACUCGAUCCUCGAUCCACCGCUUUCGUUUCUACAGCACCAGUGCAGCAAACUAUGCAGCCAUACAAGCAUCAGACUAAUCCUAUGGCUGCACCAUGCGAACGAAUGACAGGAUCAUACACUGUGACUUCACAAGGAGUUGCGGGCGCGCAGCCUCAACAACAAGUUUUACGGUCAACUUUGGCUCGUGUUGUCCCAUCGACUAUGCUGGCCCAGCAACAAUCUGUCCAGCAACCACAAUCAUCUUCAAGCCGUGCAGUCGUCGAUACCCGCCCGAUCAUGGCUAAAGUCCGAGCGUCGUCAAUGGAUGUCCUUGGUCCAUCGGUGUCGAUGGCACCGGCUCCCUUGGAUCCGUGUCGAUCCGCCCAUCCUGGUGAAUGA